GCCGCCGGGGCGCCCCGCGCAGCCACGCCGCGCUAUAAGUGCGGGCGCGGGGCGCGGCGGCCGCCGAAGAUGCGCCGGCAGCCAAGGCUGCGCGGCGCCUGGCCGCGGCCGCCCCGCGCCGGGGAGCGGGAGCAGCGGCAGCAGAAGGAGGAAGAAGAGGAAGGGGGAGACGGCGGUGGCUCGGGGCGGCCGCGGCCAUGAGCUGCUCGGACGUGGCCAUGCAGCAGCCCGCCCCGGCGGCAUGCGGGGCGCCCCGCUAUGUGGCCGCGCCCGCGGCGGGCUGCGCGCAGAAGAAGUUAGCUGUGUACAACAAGAUGCAGGAGUCUCUGGAAGUGACCCUCCCCAGCAAGCAAGAGGAGGAUGAGAAAGACCAGCCUGCCGAGAUGGAGUACCUGAACUCUCGCUGUGUCCUGUUCACUUACUUCCAGGGGGACAUUGGUUCAGUGGUGGAUGAACACUUCUCGAGAGCCUUGAGCCAAGCCAGUAGCUUCAGUUCAGACACUGCCCUUCCCAAGAGCAAGGCAGGGCUGAAUCCUCUGUGGAGAGAAAGCUCAACAAUUUCAAGCCAAAGGAGCGGUUUCCCAACCUCAUUUUGGACCAGCUCUUACCAGCCUCCUCCUCCACCCUGCUUAAGUGGAGUGCACCCCGAUUUCCCCGUGACUGCACCAGGCACCUUCCCCACGGCCGAGCCCGGCAGCUGGCCGGGACACGGCCUUCACCAGAGCGCCGCGCCCGCCGCCCCCGCCGCCUCUGAGCCGUGGCCCUACCCGCUGGCGCCUCAGGUGAGCCCCCCGUACGCACACGUGCACGACGUGUACGUGCACCACCGCCACCACCCGCACGUGCCCGCCGGCCCGGCCCACGACCCGCGCUACGGCUCGCUGCUGGUGCCGGCGGUGCGCGCCGCCAGGAUCCCUGCUCCCCAGGGCGACGGGACCAAGGCCGACCCCGCCAGCGCUACCUCAGCCUGGGCCGGAGCCUUCCACGGGACGCUGGACAUCGUGCCCAGCUUCGGGUUUGACGCAGGUCUACAGCAUCAGGACAAGAGCAAGGAAACUGCUUGGUUCUGAAGUGCAGAGGAAUUAAGGCCAGCUAGAGCUGGAGUGGACAGAGCUGGGCAGGUGAUACAGCAGUGGUUGACUCCUUCUGCGUGGAGCAAAGGACACACAUGAAGAUGAAGAGCCAACUAUUCUGGUUUUGCUAUUGAGCCUUUUAUUUGUAAGGCCGUUUUUGGGUCCCAGAGUGUUGGAAAAAAACAGAGACCUAACUUUUCUUUCUUUCCUCAUCUGAGCCUGCUGCAGCUGGGCAACCUAACUCCUUUCUGCUCCUUUAACAGUGUUUUGUUUUGUUCAGCUUGAUAUUUUUAUGAACAGUCUCGAUAGUCAGGAAAAAGACUCUCCCCUGACUACAGUGCGCCUUCUUUCAGGAAUACAGUAUUUUGUAGCUCUUUGUGCAUCUAUUUUUGUAGAAAUACAGAAAGUUUGGGUAAGGAUCGAUGGGCUAUUUUAGGAUGACAUAUUUUUUUAAAAAAAAUUGUAAAAUUGUUAAGUUCUGUUUAAAGAACUUGCUCUCAGAGAAGCACUGGCAAAAAUGUAUAAAAUGCUAUUUUUAGAUGUUUGUGAUGUGUUUGUGCAUUUUGGGUUUUUUUGUUUGUUACCUCAAAUGUCUAUCUUUCCUUUCUUUUUAAAGAGCUAAAUUCCUUUGUUUCCACAUUACUAGAUUCUGAUGUUUUUGUCCUUUUGUUCUAGCUUAAGCAAAUAUAAUUCGCACCUGAAGUUUCAGCCAAAUAUUUUUUCCUUGUGUUAGAUUGUAGUGAAAGUGUUUUUGUUUUUCUUGCUUCUAAGGGUGGCUUUGUGCUGUGCUGAUUGUCAGAAGCUCGCCAACACCUUUAGCAUAGGGCAAAGCUUGAGGUUACAGAAACUGCAUUUCUGACCCAUCCAUUCUUUCAAAAUGGACCAAAUACUCUUAAAUCAGACACUAAUAUGGGCCUCAUGUAUGAUCCAUUGAAGCUGUUGAACACAGUUCCCUCUGGGUUAUAUUGCAGGCCCUCAUAGUGCUCAUAAAUGUCAGUACAAUCUUACAGGCAGGACUUUCAGCUAAGCCAUUUCCAGGUGGUAACUUAUCAAUAUUCAGGGAAAAAAAAAUAAAAUCCAGGUUUAUAAAAAUGUGUGGCUCGUGGAAACAAAAGGUUUUGAACUGGCCUGCUCAGUGUGCUGAGCAGCUCCAGGAAGGCACUGCCCUUCCCCACUGCUGCUGACUCCAGGACGUGUUUGCCUGUGGGGCUCAGGGACCCCAGCUGCAGUGCUGCAGUUUCGUAACCAGCCUGCACACCCCGGGGCUUGGAACAGCGGCGUGGCCACGUGGAGCCUCAGCCCUCUGCCUGGGAAACCCCCCUGGCCCGGGCCUUGGCUCGUGGAAUAAAGGUUUUGGUUGGAGCCAAGGUGAGCGUGAUCAAAUCCUGAGUAAGGGCUGCGGGGUCGCCGCGGGCUGGAGCUGGGUCAGGCUCUGUGUCCAGCCCUUGGGGACUCCAGUGAGUGUCAGUGUGAGCUUCGAUGGGGCUGAGGGCAGCCCAGCAUCAGGACCUGGGUUGCUGGGUCCUGGCUGUUGCGUGGAAGUGUUGCCUUUCUGCUCUGUGCACCCAGGGUCCCUCUGUAAUAUUUAAGUCUCUUACAGUGCAGUAUAUUUCUGUCACCGCUGCUCUCAGACAUCCCUGUUUGAAAGACACACCGGCCGAGUGGAAAAACCAAGAUAUAAACACGUGGCUGAGAUAAGAAGGAGUUUAAUUUUAAGGCACUGAGCAUUGUAAAUGUAGUUUUGGCAGGUGGAGACCACAUGGAUCUGUGUGUGAAAGGGGAGGGGGGGCGUUGGGAGGUGCAUGCCACUCUGAGGUUCCCUGCACUGCUGCUCCCCUCCAGGCUUUUUGAACUUGAACCUAUGAGGUGUUGAGCAUUCUCCCUUGUCAAGGGGGAGGGCUUGACAUGCUGGCACAGGAGGCAUUAGGAUUAUAUCACAAUUUGGCAAGCCCCCUAAGUCUGUACCUUGCUGAUUUGAAGUUUGAGACAGCGUAAAAUGCUGAAUGGACUAUGCUUAAAUAUUGCUUAAACUAAUAAGAUUGUAGUCUCUGUGUUGGGAUGAUGAAUUAAAUGUGGUGGGGCUUUUUUCCUCA